CCGAGGAGUUGUGUUUUUAUAUUCGGUUGGUGCGAGUUUACUUACGUGGAGGCCGGUGCGGCUAUCGAAGCAACGAACGAGCAUAACAAUAUAUGUGUACGUGUGGUCGUCCAACCCAUUGCGUCGGAGAUGUUCUCGAAGAUCUCGUUCGGAGGAGGUAGGAACGGCAGAGGUCAUUUCUUCAAGAGCAAGAAGAACCACGGCAGCGAGAACAAGAUGAGGAACUGGGCUCGCUCGAACGGGCAGCGCGACGAGGAUGAAAAGCCGAGGCUCGAACCGAUCGCCGAUAUCGUUGGCAUUGGCGUGAUGACGUCGUCUGAGUCGUCGCCGACGUUGCAGGCGUCGUCGACGUUGGCGCACCAGUACCCCGAGCUCCCGGACGAGCCGCGUCCAGGUAAAAUCCGACCAUCGACGCCGACAACGACGACAACUGGGACAAAUUCAACGUCACCGUCGCCCCGGGCCGGCACCAACUCGACAACCUCGUCCCUCGGCGGCACCAACAACACGACCGGGGCAGCGAGCGGCAGCGGUGCCGACAGCCCCGAGGUCGAGGCCAUCGAGGAGGCGGUCCCGAUCGGCCGCUCCACCCUACCCUCGCCCGAACCCCAGCCCGUCUACGAGCGCAACGGCUACAAGGGCAGCGCCCUCAAGCUCGAGCACAACGACAAGGUCGACGGCGACAUCAAGUACAAGCACCGCGACUACCACGACCUCGAGGACGACAGCUGUCUCAUCAAGUGCAUCUACUUUACCCAGCAGUGCUGCGAGUGCACCAUCAUAUGAAUACCGUCUCUCUCUCUCUCUCUCUUCCUUAAUUCCCCCCCCCUCCACGGCGCUAAUUACGUUGUGUGUGUCAUAACUCCAGGGAUGAACUUUUCCCCAUCGGUACGAAAUUUCGCGUGCAAAGUGGCGUUUUCUCAAGGAUGGGCAGGUACACGACUGCAGCCGUGGUGGCCUCAUUAAAAUUACAUCCUCCACUUGCUCCACGGGGGGGGGAGUGUUUCAUGCGUUGCGAAAUUUUUGCCCCCCUCCCCACGGGUGUAUAGUUUCGAGGAAACUCUUUCGUCCCUUCGAUAUUGAAUCUCCCCCCGCUGGAAAAUUAUGAAAACCAACUGCUGCUGGGGCCGCGGAAGAGGGAGACAAAACCGUACGACUCGGAAAGUUUCAAAUAUGUGUGUGUGUACACACGUACACAAACUUUACAGAUCGAGAUAAGUUAAAUCGCAGAGAGAGAGAGAGAGAGAGAGAGAGAGGGAGGGAGGGAGGAAAGGGGUUUCUCUUCCGUGCUCCUCGCGAGUAUAUAAUAUAAUACGAAGAGGAGAGUCGACGCGGUGGGGGUUUUAUGUGAAUUAAAUUUUCGACAGCGCCGGAGUAACUUUGUGAUUAUACGCAAAGCCCUAAGCCUAUGUGUGUAUGCGUGCAGCCAAACCCAGCAUACGAAGAAUCUCGAGACUAUAUUUUUCAUAGCGCACAUUUUUUUUUUUUUUUUUUCAAUCAUUGAUCUUUGUUGCUUUGGUCCAAGAGGAAAUUGUUUUUUUUUUUUUUUUUCUUCCCUUUUUAUACAAGUGUCAAGUGAUUAUUUUUUUUUUUUUUUCUUAA